GUCUCGGCUCCCUUAGCAAUGGCCAAGGAUGAUGAUCAAUCAAACACACCUCCUCCUCCUCCACCCUCUAACGACUACCACCCUGCAAACUCCAUCAGCAAUAUCAGGAACGAAGUUCCGGAAAUUCUUGACCGUGACAAAGGGAAUUAUGGUAGUUGGGUUGAACUCUUCGAGAUACAUUGUCAUUCCUGCAAUGUUAUCGAUCAUAUAGAUCCCAAAUCACCUCGUCCUACGGACCUCACCUCGGCGCAGUGGAACCGCCUUGACUCAAUUGUGAAAAAGUGGAUUUAUAAUACGAUUUCUGCAGACCUACGAAGCACGGUGUAUUACAAGAACGCUACGGCACAGGAAACUUGGGAUAGGCUCGCUAAUAUUUUUCAAGAUAACGGAGAAAUUCGUGCUAUCUAUCUUGAAAAUCAAUUUAACAAUCUUUUUGUUGAGAAUUUUCCAGAUGUGUCUUCUUAUUGUCAGAAGUUGAAGGAACUCAAAGAUCAACUAGCCAACGUUGGUCAGCCCGUGUCCGAAAGAACUUUGGUGUUAAGUCUUUGUGCAGGAUUAAUUGACUCAAAUUAUGAUGGCGUGGCUCAGUCCAUCACUCAAAUUUGCCCUCUUCCCGGAUUUGAUGAAGCAAGAUCAAGAAUUUUGUUAGAAGAGUCUCGUAAAUCGGCAAAAGACAACUUCGGGCAAGCUUUUCUUACGCACACAAACAACACCACCACCACUACCACCGCGGAAGCCGCCCAGCAGCAGCAACAGCCACCGCAACAGCACGACAGGGGUGGUGGUGGCGGUGGACGUGGCAGCAGCAGCAAAGGGCGGGGUGGCAAACCCAAAGGCAAGGGCAGAGGCCGUGGUCAGCAACAGCAGAACCAAACGGCCCAGGCCCAGCCACCCCACCCAACCAAAAAGGCCUAACACAGCAGCAACU